UACUGUUUGUGAAUUAAUCUGUGUUAAUUUAAGCAAAUGAUUCAUUAUAAAAACGGCAUAGAUAUAUAGUUACAGUAGUAAAAUUCUAAUAUUAGAGGAGUGAUUGAACUCCACAACCCUCCGACAAUGUGCUGUCUAUCUGUAAGGUUGUGAAGGAAGAUGCAUUACUCAACGCUUCUCACAGUUUUGUUCCUGCUGUCUGUUUCAUGUGGGGUCUAUUCUGGUAAAAUUUUGGUAUUUCCAGUUGAUGGAAGCCACUGGAUUAAUAUGAAAGUUCUCGUUAUGGAAUUAUAUUCAAAAGGCCACAACAUUACAGUGAUUCGAAGUUCAGACAGUAUGUACAUUAAAGAAGAGUCACCCUACUACAAAUUCAUCACUGUUGAUGUGGGAACAUUUGAUGAUGACUUUUUUGCCAAAUUUGUGUCUCAUUUGCUACAAGCACAGCAACACCAAAGAUCCUCUUGGGGCAAAAUCAUGAUUGGAAUUGAGGUGUUCAAAAAGUUUUCUGAGAUUCAUGAGAAAAUUUGCAACAUGACUGCCAUGAUAUUUGAAAAUGAGACUCUAAUGAAAUCUUUGCAGCAAGCUAAAUUUGAUAUGGUUUUAGCAGACCCUGCUAUGGGAGGUGGUAUGCUGUUAGCACACAAACUUGGCCUCCCUCUUGUGUUCAAUGUUCGGUGGACUAUGCUUGGAGAGGGCCAUUUUGCCAUUGCUCCCUCUCCUCUGUCUUAUGUACCUGUUCCUGGAGCAGAGCUAACAGACAAAAUGACUUUUAUACAGAGAGUCACAAAUGUGUUGAGUUACUUCAUCACUUACUAUCAACAAGCUAAACAUUUUGGCCAACCUUACAAGGCUUUCUGUCAGAAAUACUUUGGACCUGAUGUGGAUUAUUUUUCCAUUCUUCAGAAUGCAGAUAUUUGGCUCAUGAGAAAUGACUUUACUUUUGAAUUUCCACGACCCACAAUGCCAAAUGUGGUCUAUAUGGGUGGCUUCCAGUGCAAGCCCUCCAAACCACUUCCUGAUGAUAUAGAAAAGUUUGUCAAGAGUUCAGGGAAACAUGGGGUCAUCAUAAUGUCUCUGGGAUCUCUUUUUGGAGAUCUUGGAGUUGACAUUGCAGAUGAGAUAGCAGCUGCCUUUGCACGACUGCCUCAGAAAGUCAUUUGGAGACACACUGGACCUCGACCUUCUACUCUUGGCAAUAACACGUUGCUAGUGGCCUGGAUGCCACAGAAUGACCUCCUCGGACACACAAAGACUAAGGUCUUUGUAGCUCAUGGAGGAACCAAUGGUAUUCAGGAGGCUAUCUAUCAUGGCGUUCCCAUUUUAGGUCUACCUAUAGCAUUCGAUCAACCCGAUAACCUGUCAAGGAUGAGAAAAAAGGGAGCAGCUCGAGUACUGGAUAUUUCUGCAUUGGACAGAUCUGUAUUUUUAGAGGCAUUAAAGGAGGUGCUGUAUAAUCCAUCUUACAAAGAGAAUAUGCAGAGGUUGUCUCGACUGCAUCAUGACCAGCCCAUAAAGCCUCUUGAUCGUGCAGUCUUCUGGAUUGAAUAUGUCAUAAGGAAUGGAGGUGCUCCUCACUUACGCACACAGUCUUUUAGGAUGUCCUGGAUUACCUAUCACUCUGUGGAUGUUAUACUCACAUUGCUGGGAGCUCUGUUGAUUAGUGGCUGGCUAACAUUUUUGUUGCUAAGAUGUCUUUGUUUUAAAUUAAUCCUUAAUAAAAAAUCAAGUGUGAAUUUUGAAAGGUGAAAGAUGCACUUAUUUAUAAAUGUAUGAGUUAAAAUGAGUAUGAACUAUAUAAUAAAUUUUAGAUUUAUAUCUUGAUUAUCAAGAAAAAAUUGUUCAGUUGCACAAAUUAUUAGUAUUUCAUAAUUCAUUUUCAUAACAAUUUUCUCCUGUUCAGGAUUGCAGUGCAUCUGGAAUUUCUGUGCAUAAAGCACCAUUUUGAAAAAACAUUCACAACCUACUUUAUAUGGGUACACUUAGUUUAGUCAGUCCACCUACUGACAAGAAAACCGGAGAACCCAGAGGAAAUGGACACACAUGGACACAAAGGGAAUCCAAGUAGACAAAACACAGAAAUCCCACACAUACAGUAUCUCUAGGUGAGGCUUAAAAAAGGGAGCUGUGAGGUGGCAACACUACCGACUUCUAUAACUGUGUCACUCCACAAAUGCAAAAUAUGAAUUGUGUAUUAUAUAUCAAAAAAUUGUAUGACAUAAAUGUCAUGUCAUAAAAAAAUGCAGCUCAGUUGCAUGUAAUUAAGCAUUCAUGAAAUAUUAUUAUAGUGUCUGAUAUAUUAAUUGAUCAGAGAAUUUGAUUUAACCUCAAGCAGAUUAAUUUAGUUAAGUAAACUUAUCUAUGUAUAUUUAUUAUGAUAAAGAUGAUGAUGAGAAUGUCUGAGGGUGCUUCAAGUGGAUAAGAACAAAUAAUACAUUAAAUACAUGAUACAUGGAUAAUAAAUAGAUUUUCCCCUAUGAGUCAAAAUUUAUUGUAUACCUACAAAGGGCACCUAUACCCUAAAAAAAAAAACCCUGACUGAAUUAAUUCAAAUGUUUUUAUGUUUUACUGUUUUAUGUGAUUGAUUUGAGUUACAUUAACACAACUUGUUUUCGUACAUCCAACAUGAUUUUACUGUGUAUUUUCAAAGCCUUGAAUAAAAUCGAUUCCACCACA